AUUUUAGCUCUGCCGAAUAUCACCUAAGAAUUCUUCGACUUCCCCUUGAAAUCAAGCUGUGUGCUUGCUCCCCCGUUCCGCUCGGGAUAUAAUCGUCGCAUCUCUCCUGAGCCCAUUGCUAAGUUUAGGCUUCCCGUGUGCUCUGUUGCAUAAAGCUUUCUGUUGUCGCACUCCAGCCCUGUUCUUGUCACGUCACGUCACGAGCACCGGGUCCUUUCGUCUGUGGCCGUAAGUGCGAGCUACGAAGCCUAUAAGGACGCCUUCUCUUGACUGUCGAUCCAACCUCACGUCCAUCGACACAAGCCACUUUCUCUUACAGCAUGUUACUCAAGAGUAGCCUUCAGCUCUUGGUGGCUGGUCUUGCUACCGCUGCGCCGGCAUCCGACACUCUUAAGCGUGGUGUCAGCUUCGAUUGGGGCACUGAGAAGGUCAGAGGCGUGAACAUUGGCGGCUGGCUCGUUCUGGAACCAUGGAUCACUCCGUCUAUCUUUGAGCAAUUCUCGCCGGCGGAAGUGGUUGACGAGUAUACGCUUAACCAAAAACUUGGCACGCAACGGGCUCACGACGAAGUACUAAAGCCUCAUUGGGAUAGCUGGGUUACAUUCGAGGACUUCAAAAGAAUCAAGGACUAUGGCUUCAACGUCGUGCGUAUACCUAUCGGGUACUGGGCUUAUGCGACGUACGGAUCGCCUUAUGCUCAGGGUGCAGCUCCCUACCUCGACAAUGCUAUCGAUUGGGCUCGAGCCACCGGAUUGAAAGUCUUCAUUGAUCUGCACGGCGCACCGGGCAGUCAAAAUGGGUUUGACAACUCCGGCCAGAAGACCAGUAAUCCACUAUGGCUCACGGGUGAUACUACCCAGCAGACCCUGGAAGUCAUCCAGAUUAUCGCCGACAAGUAUGCUCAGCCUAUGUACCAAGAUGUUGUCGUCGGCAUCCAACUUCUCAACGAGCCUCUCAUGUCCAACCUCCAGGGCGGUCAAGACGGCGUGAGACAAUACUACCGCGACGGCUACGGCAACGUUCGCACCGUCAGCGACACCCCCGUCAUCCUCCACGACGGCUUUCAACAACCCCCGACGUGGAACGGCUUCCUGACUCCCUCGGACAACAACGCGCAGGGCGUGGUCAUGGACCACCACGAAUACCAAGUCUUCAACUUCGAACAGAUCGCAUGGGACCCACCAGCUCACCGUCAGCACGUCUGCAACAACAUUGACACCAUCAAUGGCGCCGACAAAUGGACUUUCGUCGGCGAAUGGACAGGCGCCAUGACUGAUUGCGCGAAGUAUCUGAACGGAUACGGUGUGGGUGCUAGAUACGACGGAAGUUACCCUGAAAGCACGUACAAGGGCUCGUGUGCCGAUUUCAACGACCUCAACAACUGGGACCAGCAGCUGAAAGACGACACGCGCAUGUACAUCGAGGCCCAACUCGACGCCUUCGAGGCCAAGACCCAAGGAUGGGUGUGGUGGAACUUCAAGACCGAGGGCGCUGCUGAAUGGGACAUGUUCCGUCUGGUUGAGGCAGGAAUUUUCCCUAACCCCCCAACCAGCAGGAAGUUUGGACCGGUCUGCAACAACUUGUAGACGGUCGUGUGGUGAGGAUGAAUAUAAAAACGACGUCCAGCCAUGUUGAAAACAGUGCUCUUGGUGGGCGGUCGACACUCGCUUGGAUGGAGCUGGUGGUACAUUGCUUAUUGCAUAUGAGCGUGGCAUUUUACACUGGACAUUUGAAACAACAUUUACGAUACCCACUCGCUUAAUUUCUGUAUAUAUGUUGACUUGCUUCUGGGAGGCGGUACUUGCACAUAGUCUACAUACGAUAUCUAUUACAUUUCCU